GGCAGCAGUGGAGCCGGAAGGGGGAGCUGCGAAUCCGUCCCCGCCUUCACGCUACAGGACAGCCCGGGGUCUAGCGCUGUCACAGGAGGCCUACUUCCGUCAGCUCUAUCGCAAACAUAGUUAUUAAAAAAUAACAUUUACAGCCAUCCGAGUCGUCCAAGAGGCGCGUUUGAAUAUUUUUCAAUACGGCUCCUGUGCAGGGUGUACUGACCUGUCAUGAAUGAGCCCAUUGAAGGCGGUGCAAUCUCGUUCGACGAGUAUGUGCGGCAGAAGGCACGCACUAUACCUCAGCACCGCAUGAAAGAGUUUCUGGAGUCGCUGGCCUCCAAAGGCCCAGAGGUGCUGCAGGAGUUCAGUCAGCAGACCAGCGGCACCACCACUACUAUGGUGUACCAGCAAGGUGCCAACUGCAUCUACACGGACAGCACAGAGGUGGCGGGCUCAUUGUUGGAGCUGGCAUGUCCGGUGCAGGUGACGUCUACACAGAUCUCCCCACAGCUGGCUGCAGCUGUGCAUCAAGCAUCUGAACAGCAGAUCCAAGUACAGGUGCAGAUCCAGGGGGAGCAGGGUCAGACAGUUGGCCAGGUACUUCAGGUGGCCUCUCCGACCCAACAGCACCUACAAGGAGUUACCACUACACAGCUGGUACAACAGGGAGAACUCACAGAGGAACAACAACAACAGAUCCAAGCCCAGCUGGUUGCAGCUGUUGCCGGAGGUCAGCAGAUUCAGAUCCAGACUGUGGAGGCUCUGUCUCCUCCUCAGCAGCAGGGCUCCCCGAGAGAGGCAGAGAGGCGACCUGGAGCCUCACCCGCUGUUCUCCAGCCUGCAAAGAAACGCAAAGUGGACGUCCCAACAGUUGUGUCCUACUCGAUUCCUCAAGGGCAGCAGCUGGCUACUGUAUUGGCCAUCCCACAGGGCCAACAGCAGGGCUAUUUGUCACUUCGACCAGACCUGCUGACUGUCGAUAGCACUCAUCUUUACAGCGCCACGGGUACCAUCACAGGCCCAGCCGGUGAGACCUGGACCAUACCUGUGUACUCGGCCCCACAGCAGCAAGGUGUGGCCCACAUCGCCAUCCCACAGGAGGCCUACAGCACCGUGCAGGUCCAGGCAUCGCCUACCGAUAAAGACAAAGACAAGAUGAUAAUCGGUGCGUCUCAGGCUGCCGGGGCAGUGGCCGUUCCGGUGUCUGGCUCAGGAGUGACCACUCAGGAGGAAGUUGUACAUUCGCUGUUCCCGGCACAGUUUAUGAAUGGAAACAUUCACAUCCCUGUAGCAGUGCAGACCGUAGGGGGCACUUACUCUGGGACGACACAGGCCCUGCACAUAUGGGAUCCGCAGCAACAGCAGCAACACAUACAGGAUGGAGAGGCUCAGGAACAACAGCUCCACCUGCAGGCGCAGACUGAGGCGGAACCACAGGUGGAACCUCCUCCGGAGCUGGUCCUGCCCAACACGCUGAAGCCUGAGGAAGGGCUGGAGGUGUGGAGGCUUUGGGUUCAGCGCAAAAAUGCUGAGCUGGACAAGAAUGAACAAAAUAAGCUGGCACCUAUUGGACGUCGACAGCCGCUGCGCUUCCAGGAUGAUCUUGUGUCAAGUUCAGUGGGCGAGCUGAACUUGGCUCUGUCUCUGAUGACCCAAGAGUCUCGUGGGCUGGAGGGGGAGCCAUUUGAACCUGAUUCACUAUACUAUGUAUUUUUAUGUAUACAGAAAUACAUGUUUGAGAACGGCAGAGUAGACGACAUCUUUUCUGAUCAGUACUACAGCCGGUUCUGUCAGUGUUUACACAAAAUUCUCGAAGAGUGGAGGCCCAGUGUUCACCCUCUUGGAUACAUUAUCCCAAGUCAUGUGACAGAGGAGAUGCUGUGGGAGUGUAAGCAGCUGGGAGCUCAUUCUCCAUCCACUCUCCUUACUACAUUGAUGUACUUCAACACAAAGUACUUUCACUUGACCACAGUGGAGCAGCAUAUGAAAGUGGCCUUCUCCAAAGUGCUCAGACACACCAAGAAGAACCCCACCAACCCUAAAGACAAGAGCACCAGCAUCCGCUACCUGAAAGGAGUCGGGCCACACCAUGUUGGACAGAAAGUGACAGACGACAUGUACGCAGAACAGGCUGAGGACCCAGAGAACCCGCUGCGUUGUCCCAUCAAGCUCUAUGACUUUUACCUCUUCAAAUGCCCUCAGACUGCCAAGGGUCGUAAUGACACGUAUUACCUGACUCCAGAGCCUGUUGUGGCACCAAACAGCCCUAUUUGGUACUCCACUCAGCCAAUCACGAGCGAGCAGCUGGAGCACAUGCUAACACGCAUCAUGAUGGUGCGGGAAAUCCAGGAGAUAAUCUCAAUCGCGCAGGCCAGUGUACACUGAGAGAAGACAAGGGCGAGCAAAAGAAAAGCAAGAUGGAAUAAGAGAGAGAGCGGCUUUCUCCAGCGCUCCAUCAUGCCAUCAUCCUCUCCUUUCUCGAAGAGACUGAAUCAAAUUGCCUCUGCACCGUCUCAUUAUAUUUGAUCCAUGAGCAAAGAGAUUUAAGAGGAGUUUUCAGUGAACUGGACAUACAUAAAAGCCUUUUUUUUUCAUUUUAGAUACAGGAACUAUUUCUGUUCGUUCCUCUAAUGACCAUUGAAACGCAUUUGCCCAGAUCCCUUGAUGUGUGCAUUUUCUCUUUCUGCCAUGUAUGUUACGCUCCAUCCUUCUUCCCACUGUCCUCUCUCUCUGUUUAAUUUUCUUUAAGUAAGUGCUGAACUAUAAGGAUCUGAUAGGUUUUUAAGACUGAACUUCAGUGAUUAUUGGCAGUGGACUGGAACACCAUAUGAUGGACAGUUGGAAACACAUUGAAAAACAUGGCCUCAUUCAUCUGUAACACAUAACACAACCCCCGCUCAUCCCCCCAGGAGCUUGCAGUAGCAGAGUUCACGUACCUGAGGAGUGUAUUAUACCAUGAAGACUUUUUGGUUCUGUUUUUAUUUUUUUUUUUAUAUAUACAUGCAUCUAUGGUAACCUGAUAUGUAUUGAUAUUAUAGUGGUGCUGGAGAAUUGAAGCCUGUGUUUUCAAACAUGCCUUUUUGUACAGUGAAUUACCUGUAUGUGUCGUCUUUGACCCUUUCCGGAGUCUCUGGGCAGUUUUGUGUCACAAACACACACAGGCCUCAUUCAUAACACAGAAACAGAAUAAAUUUCUAUGUAAGUAGUUCACAAAACUAUUAUUA